GAGAGAGAGAGAGAGAGAGAGAAAAAACAACUGAAUGGAAGUGUAGUAAUCGUGGAGACAGCGACAGAGUAAGUGGUUCAAAGACUAGAUGACCAGCCAUAACACACUCCGGCGCCCUGUCCUGAAACUCUGACAGGGGACAAGGACUCAGACACACACACACUCGUGUACACAAAUACACUGUGCCCUCAUCAACUGGAUCAUGUCUUCAACUGGAUCGACCAACCACAACAAGCAUCUUUCUUCGGAGACAGACAACAGUCAGAGAGUUGUGGAUAACGAGUCGUCCCAGCCCCUAAAGCUGAGAGAGAGACAGCGCUUCUUUGAGGAAGUCUUCCAGCACGAUGGAGACAUCUACCUGGCCUCCUCCCAUCUGCACGUCGACUGCAGGAAACCCCCUAUGGGCAGCAUCUCGUCCAUGGAGGUGAAUGUGGACAUGCUGGAGCAGAUGGACCUGAUGGACAUCUCUGACCAAGAGGCCUUGGAUGUCUUCCUCAACUCUGGGGCGGAUGACACCUCUCUUGCCCCGCCUCUACCAGAGGUCGAUGAUGAAGAUGAAGAGGAGGAUGAUGAGAGUGUGGAGGUCGUGUACAGGGAAAGACCACUACUAUGUCUGCCUAGUGACGGGCGCCGGGGGUCAAAGUCCCGCAUGUCAUCAACCUCAUCUGGAUCCAGUGAUACCAGUGGGGGCUGUACAGACACCCCUGUGAUCCAAUCGGAUGACGAGGAAGUUCAUGCUGACACCCUGCUACUGACCUCUGUCCCCCAGGCGAGGGAUGAAGAGACAGAGGAAGAGGAGGAGGAGGAAAGAGGGCUGUCGUCAUCAAAAUGCCAGAUGUCUAAGCAAUGAAGAGAGAGCAUAUAAAUUGGAAAUUUUACAAUCAUACAUCUCUCUCUCUCUCUCUCUCUCUCUCUCUCUCUCUCUCUCUCUCUCUCACUCUCUCUCACACUCUAUCUCUCUCUCUCUCCCUUUGUUGCUAAUGCUUAGAUAGCCCCUGUGGAUCUGUCCUAGCAUGGAAUACCCCAUUACAGGGGAGUAGUGAUGUUGGAGGAUUCUGAGUAAAUUACUUAAUUUCUUCUAAGACUGAAUCUGUUACCAAACUGUUAUAGUACUGUAGUCUCUCCCAGUUUGGUCUAGAAAUGCUGUUGAAUAGCCAAGACACAUUUUUGCCUUUUGCUUUAUAGUUGACUGGGGCCCUAAUUAUUAUAAAUUAUACUUAAGUCAACUGAUACACCAACUAUUGUUAAACACUCAAACUGUUUUUUCUGCAUUGCUUUCUGUCCCUCCCUGGCACACCCCUUCACAACAUUCCUAUCCACUUACUGUCUUCUCAUCUCCUCGUCAGUUAUUAAGGAGUGUACUUUGGUGGGACUUUUAAAUGUAAACAGAUUCAAAUUCCUGAUGUACGUAAGACGCUGUCUGCCAUUCAGACCAAUGCACUCCAUGCCUCCCUUGGGACACACCCUGGAUAUGUGCUGAUGAAUUAUGAGAACUGUAGGAUUAUGUUGCUAGUGAUAUGUUUUUCUUAUCCAUUUACCUUUGCAUUUGGCUAAAGGCCUUGGUGGGAGGUCUGACCAUUAGAUCCUGUGUCCAGUGUCCUUCUGCUGUGCCAGGCCAGUGAUGUCAAGGUUAACCUGGUUCAGAUAGCAGCACUAGUGGCUGUAGUCAGACAGUAGAG